UGGGGCGAGUGGGGGGAGGGUCUCAGAGUCCCCACCCGGGAAGUCUCUGCAACCAACGGGGGGGGGGCGGAGGGGGAGGAGCCUAGGAUGAAAGGGAAGGACGAAGACUGACUCGGGGCCUUAACAGCCCGUCCUUCCCAUCCUACCCCCGAUGCUGGGGAUGAUCUAGGCAGAGCUACCUGUCCCCUACCCGGAGGAUUUAGGGGAACCCCCCUCCCGGCUCAGAGAUCUGCCUGUGAGACAGCGGACCUAACAGACCAAACGGUUUUGCCUUCUCAUCUAGAUUUCUUUAUAGACUUUGCCCAUCGGCCACAUUCCUCCCUCAUGCAGGAGUGAGAAAGGUGGGUUGAAUGUGGGAGAAAAGUUAGGGGGGGAAGGGAGAAAAGCCCCUCGGUUGUGGAAGGGAGCGAGAAAGGUUAGUGGGGUUUUUUUGGGGGGGGUUGGAGGCUUGCCCCCCCCUCUUUCCAAGCACAGUGGAGAAGGAAUGCCAAACCCAGAGAGACAUGUGGGCAAGAAGGAUGCAGGGGGAGGGGGGUCCUUGCAUCAGGAAGCGGUGGCGAGCAGUGGGAGCUCCAAUAGCAAAGAGAGGCACCGGCUCUCCAAGCACAAAAGACACAAGUCCAGGCAUUCCAAAGACUCACCCUUGGGCUCCCAAGAAGGAGCCACAUCUCUGGGAGGCAUGAUCAAGCCACUUGUGGAGUACGACGACAUCAGCUCCGAUUCAGAUACCUUCUCGGAUGAAGCAGUUAUAAAGCCGGAACAUCGGGAUAAUGAUGAGAAGAAAGGGGCAUCGGAGAGGAGUGACCGGUUACAUAGGCAUCGCCAUCACCAGCACAAGCGUGUUCGUGAGCUGAUGAAAAGCAAGCAGGUGGACAAGGAAAAGAGGACGGAGAGGAACCAAGAGUCCUUGGGCAAGCUGAGUUCUACCAAGGAUAGAGUGUUGGGAACCUCCAGAAGACUCCAUGAAGAGAACGAUGACCACUCAAAGUCAUCUAAGAGCAGUAGUAAGGAGUCCCGCUCAGCCAAAUUACAUAGGGAGAAGUCCAGGAAAGAGCGCGAGGUGAAAUCUGGGCACAAAGACCGCAGUAAAAGCCACCGGAAAAGGGAUGCCCCUAAGAGCUACAAAUCAGUUGACAGUCCAAAGCGGAAAUCCAGGAGUCCUCACCGCAAAUGGUCGGACAGUCCAAAGCAAGAUGACAGUGCUUCAGGCGCAUCCUACACCCAAGACUAUGAUCUAAGUCCUCCACGUUCGCACACGUCUAGUAACUACGAUUCCUACAAGAAGAGCCCCGGUGGGUCCUCAAGGAGGCCAUCAGUUAGCCCACCAUACAAGGAACCUGCUGCAUAUCAGUCCAAUGUGCGCUCUCCCAGCCCUUAUGGGAGGCGCCAGAGGUCUGUUAGCCCAUACAGCCGGAGACGGUCAUCUAGCUAUGAGAGGGGAAGUGGAUCAUACAGUGGACGCUCCCCAAGUCCAUUCAAUCGACGACGUUCCAGCAGUCCUUUUAUCUCCAAGCGGUCGCUGAGCCGGAGUCCUGUGUCCAGGAAACCCGCAAAAUCUCGAAGCAGAAGUCCUGCGUAUUCAAGGCAUUCGUCAUCUCACAACAAAAAGCAGAGAUCGGGGUCCCGCAGCCGCCAUUCCAGUAUCUCACCUGCUCGGCUACCGUUGAACUCCAGUCUGGGUGCUGAGCUGAGUAGGAAGAAAAAGGAGAGGGCGGCUGCAGCAGCAGCUGCUGCAAAAGUUGAUGGGAAGGAGACCAAGGACUCUCCUAGUUUUUUGUCUAGGAAAGAGAACAGCUUGGCUGAAGUUAAGGAGCUGGCAGCGGAGGCCAGGAAGGCAAAAACAACUAAGCCUGAAAAGUGCCCUUCUGAUGCCGAGCCAGCCAACGUGGCACAGCACAACGCAGAGGCGAAAACUGCUGCUGAUCCCGUAAAAACGAAGGCGGUAGAGAACUCUGAGAGGAAACUGCCUGCUCCCCCAAAAGACUCAAAAGCAGUGGGAACAAAAGAUGUGAAGCCUGUGAUUGCCAAGGAGGAGACUGUGACUCCCAAGGAGACAGAGACAACGGAGAAGGAGGCCCCGCCUCCUUUGCCUUCUGCAAAGUCACUACCUCCCCUGCCGGCAUCAUCGCCCCCUCCCCAGGCUCCGCCUCCAUUGCCCCCUUUGCCUCCAUCGCUGGCAGCUCCCCCUCUGCCCCCUGCCCAGUCGCCCACUGUUCCCACCCCCGCUUCCGCUCCUUCGUCUGUGCCUGCCUCUGCCCACUCCAGGACAUCUCUGACCACUCAGGCCAACUCUCAACCCACCGCGCAACUCUCCUCAAAAGUGCACCUCUCUGUGACAACCGCUGUACCCCAUCUGAAGACGUCAACGUUGCCUCCCCUCCCUUUCCCGCCUGUCCUGCCUGGAGAAGAUGACAUGGAUAGUCCAAAAGAGAUCGCUCCUCCAAAGCCCGUGAAGAAGGACAAAGAGCAGAGACCGCGGCACUCGCUCAUGGACCUCCCGCUACCCCCGGAGCUUCCCGGUGGAGACCCUUCACCACCUGAGUCUCCAGAACCAAAGGCAGCCACACCACCUCAGCAACCGUUGAGAAAGAGACCAAAAAUCUGUUGUCCUCGUUACGGUGAAAGGAGGCAGACAGAAAGUGACUGGGGAAAGCGUUGUGUAGACAAAUUUGAUAUCAUUGGUAUUAUUGGCGAGGGGACAUACGGUCAAGUGUACAAAGCCAAGGACAAGGACACAGGUGAGUUGGUGGCCUUGAAGAAAGUGCGGCUAGACAAUGAGAAGGAGGGCUUCCCCAUCACAGCGAUUCGCGAAAUCAAGAUCCUCCGACAGCUGAUCCACCGUAGCGUUGUCAACAUGAAGGAAAUAGUCACGGAUAAACAAGAUGCACUGGAUUUCAAGAAGGACAAAGGUGCCUUUUACCUUGUGUUUGAAUAUAUGGACCACGACCUCAUGGGAUUGCUAGAAUCUGGAUUAGUGCAUUUCUCUGAGGACCACAUCAAGUCUUUCAUGAAGCAGUUGAUGGAGGGGCUGGACUACUGUCACAAAAAGAACUUCCUGCACCGAGACAUCAAGUGCUCCAACAUCUUGUUAAACAACAGCGGGCAGAUCAAACUAGCUGACUUUGGACUUGCCCGACUCUACAGUUCAGAAGAAAGCCGUCCAUACACCAAUAAAGUUAUUACGUUAUGGUAUCGACCGCCUGAGUUGCUGCUAGGGGAAGAACGCUACACACCAGCCAUCGACGUCUGGAGUUGUGGCUGCAUCCUUGGAGAACUGUUCACAAAGAAGCCCAUCUUUCAAGCCAAUCUUGAGUUGUCCCAGCUUGAAUUGAUCAGCCGACUCUGCGGGAGUCCCUGCCCAGCCGUGUGGCCAGAUGUCAUCAAAUUACCCUACUUCAACACCAUGAAACCGAAGAAGCAAUACCGAAGGCGCCUGCGGGAAGAGUUUUCCUUCAUCCCUUCCGCUGCUCUCGACCUGCUGGACCAUAUGCUGACUCUGGACCCCAAUAAACGAUGCACAGCAGAGCAGGCCUUGCAGAGUGACUUCCUGAAAGAAGUCGAUGUCAGCAAGAUGGAUCCUCCGGACCUCCCUCACUGGCAAGAUUGCCACGAACUGUGGAGCAAGAAACGUCGACGGCAACGGCAAAGCGGGAUCCUGGUAGAAGAGCCCCCUUUAGCAAAGGUUUCCCGGAAGGAGACAGCCUCCACAGUCAGCACAGACGCCAUCAAGAACCACAGCAGUCCGGCACAACCACCGCCUGCCCAGAUCAAAAGCCACCCAAGUGCCGGAGACUCAUUCGGUCAGUGUGUGGCCUGGGACAGUCACCAAAUUAUAGCCGGACUUGGCGACAUCACGCAGCAGCUGAACCAGAGCGAGCUGGCCGUCUUGCUGAACUUGUUGCAAAGCCAGACCGACCUCAGCGUCCCGCAGAUGGCCCAGCUGCUCAACAUCCACUCGAACCCGGAGAUGCAGCAACAGCUGGAGGCCCUCAACCAGUCCAUCACCGCCCUGAACGAAGUCACCACGACCACGCAGCAGGGCUCUCAGAAGGCCGCUGAAGAGGAAGCCACCGCCGAGGAGCCACCGGCGCUGCCCCAGCCGCCCGAGGAGCAGUCCACCCCAGAAGCCGCUGCCCCUCAGGGAGACAUGCAGAACGUACUGGCGGUGUUGCUGAGCCAGUUCAUCAAAAACCAGGAGUCUGCAGCCAGCAGAGAGGAGAGCAGCAGCGAAAAGAGCAGCGAGCCCCAGGGGCUGCAGAAAACCCCCACUUUGCCUCAGGAGGAAACCGCAGCCUGUCCACACGUUCUCCCACCAGAGAAGAGACCUCCUGAGCCUUCUGGACCGCUGCCGCCGGCUCCGCCACCACCACCACCACCACCACCACCAAAUCUGGCCGAGGAGGAUGUUUCCAAUGCAGCUCAGGAGCUGAACCCGGCUGUCACAGCCGCCCUCCUCCAUCUCUUGUCCCAGCAAGAGGCAGGGCCGACAAGCCACCCAAAGCAGGAACCCCAGCCGACGAGGCCCUCCGCGGAUUACGCCCGGCCACAACCCUCGGCCAGGACUUACGGCAUUGUCGACGGGCCCGAGGGCGGCAGCUUUGACAUUGACGAACGGAAUUCCAGCCAGACUUUGACAGAGACGUCACCCCAGCCUUUGGGGAAAAGUAGGACCUUUCUGGGCUCCACGAGUCACCUCGGGGAGUCGAGCGGCUACCAGGGUGCAGGAUCUGUUCAGUUCCCAGGAGACCAGGACCUCCGUUUCACUCGGGUCCCCUUAGGGAUACAGUCUGCUGUCGGGCAGUCCUUCGUCAAAACGGAGGGGACCCACAACACCCUUGCGCACCCGGAGGCCAAAAUCCACAACUAUGGCGAGGUGGGAGUGGCCAACGCUAGUUCUAGUGACGCAGGAGCCAGUCACACGUGGGGGAAUCCAGUCCAGUCCGCUGCUUACGGGAAGGCCUUCCGCGGGCCAAGUAGAGUGCCCCCGAGAGGGGGGCGAGGAAGAGGGGUACCUUAUUAGAUGACUGGAGGGGGACGGUAUCUUCGGAAAGGGGUGGUGUCGGAUCCCGCCCUCCACUCUUUAAAGCGGCCAGUUGGCCAGGGCAACCCGCACCCACCCGUGUGUGGCCUCCAUAAAGAAAUUCGGUUUAUCGUUGGUAUUUCUUUUCCCCUUUUUGUUCACCGGGCUGGUGUCAGCCCCUCUCACACACACCCCCACCCCCGCCCUUCACCUCAGAGGAUUUAGAAUGAAGUUCUUUGUCCUGAAUCGGAAUCUGUCGAUCCUGAAAAGACCUCCCGAUUUAGGUUUGAUAGAGUGAGUUUCCCCACUCGGAGGUGAGGAAAGGAGCCCUUUAAAAACGAACGAUCAAAUUGGCAGAUAUGAGUUGUGUUUUUCUAGCCUGGAGCCCGAACAGCUGGAUGACGUGAAUGGGCACAGUGGUCAAUAUCCAGAGUGAGGUGACAGAAGGAACAAUCGAUGGCAUUUUCUUGGCGUUGGCUCUGCUCAUCCUCCUCAUGUUUGUUUACUGAUAGGAAGGAGAGGUUUUAUAUGGGGUGGUGGGACGGCCGGGCAAAAGAAAGAAAUUGUGAUUCCUCCAUUUGCAGCCUCAGUUGAGUUCACCCUACUCUUUGCCACCUCAUUUCCUUCCAUGUGUUGGUCCAGGCUGAGUCUUGCCAUGGUGACAUACGUUUUGCCCCCCUCCUCUUUGCCUCCUUGAAUUUCAAGAUUCGUCAGACGGUGCCUAUAUGCCUUUUUAUACUGAAUUAAGAGAAUUUGGUUCACGUUGCGUCAGAUUUGGGAACCCUGUCCCCCCCCUCCCCCCAAAUCUGUAUUUUCUUCACCUGGAAAGGCAGGAUGCUACAUUAUUUCAUGGACAAACUGUCCCAAUUUACUGUGAAAGGCCCCUGCGCCCACCAUCCUCACCUUCCAGACCUUAGUUGAACUGAGUUUCUGUAGCAUCGAGGAGUCUGUUGACUUUUGGAUGAGUUUAGUUUUUUGGGUUUUUUUUUUUUUUUAAUUUCUCUUAAGAAUGACAAGUGUCUUUUUGUUGGAAGUUCU